GUCCCAAAAUUCCUAUCGUCAACGCCGCCAUGAUUGACGCUUUGACAGGUGACAAAGGUAUUCACGAAGUGUAAACAAAGACGAAUGAUGUUGCAUUAAUUCCUUACACAUAAGACGGGUAUCGUUUUCUUGUUUAUGUGUUCAUUUUUAAUACGUGUGUAAAUCUAGUUUUCCUAUCUAGGCAUAAACAGUUGAUUUAAUUCCGUAAAAUGAGCUCUGAAGCUAAAACUUCAUCGAAGAAAAAAGAAGGAUUUCUCAGAAGACAAGCAAAAUCGAAAUGCGAUCCAAUAACUGAAGAGGAGUUGCUAAAGAAAGAUGUUGUGACACCUGACGAUGUGCUUAGACUUAGUAAAUGCACUGACAAGUAUUUAUGCCCACCUGAAGCCAAUAUUUAUGGAAUAGAUUUCACAAGAUUCAAAUUAAGGGAUAUUGACUCUAAUCAAGUUCUUUUUGAAGUUGCAAAACCUGCUCCAAAUUAUGAAAAUGAAGAAGAAGAAGAGGAAAAGCUACCAGAGCCUGAUGAGGAUCCCAAUUCUGGAAGAUUUGUUCGUUAUCAGUUCACUCCACAAUUUUUAAAGUUGAAAACUGUUGGCGCCACAGUUGAGUUUGUUGUUGGAGAGAAACCAGUGAAUAAAUUCCGAAUGAUUGAGAAACAUUAUUUCAGGGAUAGAGUUCUUAAGUGCUUUGACUUCGAAUUUGGAUUUUGUAUCCCUCAUAGUCGUAAUACUGUAGAGCAUAUAUAUGAAUUUCCAAAACUUGGAGAUGAAACCAUCCAAGACAUGGUUAGGCACCCUUAUGAAACAAGAUCGGAUAGUUUUUACUUUGUAGAGGACAGGCUCAUCAUGCACAAUAAAGCUGAUUAUGCUUACAAUGGAGGAACUGCAACGUCUUAGUUGGCACACACACACACAGACAUAUUUUGUGAUGACGGAAGCUGACAUGCCUGAUAGGAAAAAUAAGAACACUGUAAAUGUUAUGUGGUUUUUUCUUUGUUUUUUUUUUUUUUUUAAUUCAUUCAGCUCAUUGACACUUUUGAGGUGACCCAUCUUCUUUGUGCCAUAAUUUGAGACAUCCAUUGUUGGUGAAUAGAAUGUGUUUUGUGGUCAGAAUGGUCGAUGAGUUAGAUUUACAGCGUAAGCUGUGCUUUACACAAAAUGUUUAUUGGCAUUCAUUGAAGCCCAGCAUAUUUUAUGCACCAAAAAAAUGCUUCUGUUCAGCUAAACUUUUAUUUUAUCAUUGCACCGUCCAAUUAUAAUUUUUUUCUAGUGUUGAAGCCAAAUAUUUUCCUGACUAAAGAUCUUUGCAAAGAACUACUUUUAGAAAGAAAUCUGUAUUAUUGCGAUAUAUUACUUUUGAGUAAUACUUAAGUUGAAAGUAUUUAAAAAAAAAAGGGUUGAUAUAAUAAUGUGUACCUGAGUAAUAUUUUUGUUUAUUUAAGAAACUAAAAUGAAUGAAAGUUAUUUAUUUAGUAAUGUGUAUUGGUCAAGUGCUUCAAUUUACUCGUUCCCAAUGGCUUACCAAGAUAUUUCCCAUGAACUUAAUGUCUCAGAUGAUUUUAUUGCAUCCUCCAAGAGUUAAUGAAAUUUAAAAUUGUCUUUAUAAAUAGUUGUAAAGAUUUUAUUUUUUUUUGUCUUUGUUCCACGUCAUUCACAUACAGCAUGUGCCCACACAGACACACACACACAUCGCCAUGUUGUUAAUAUAUGUAUGAAAGACAAGUGACAUGUUACACGUGCCUAAAUGUCUUUUUAUUUUGUCUUGCUCAAUGACAUGCUUGUUAUCAUCCUGCUCUUGAUAAUAUUUGUCACGUUCGACCAGAAGUCCUGGUUUUUUUAACCAUCUGUGUUGUCAGGGUUUUUUGUUUUUUUUUAAAUGUUAAACUGUAUGUACUCCAAGCAUCUCAGAAUAACGAGCUCAAGUUGUUUUUUUUUUUUAAAUUAGAAAGUUGUUUUUGAGAAAUUACACUCCUUGCUACCAAACCUAGUGGUCAUUAAAGUAUUUGACUUUUGGAUUGACCUUUUUUUUUUUUUUUUUUUUUUUUUUUUUAUGGAUAGUCACUAGCAAAAGAUGUAUGACAAUAAAGGAAACUUAAUAUAAUAUGGAGUGAAUUUAGUAUUGUUUAAGAAAAGGAGUUUUAACUUCUGCUCAGGAUUGACUUGUUCAGUUUUGUAUUUGUUCUUUUCUUUUCUUUUUAUUUGUUCCUUUAAUAAGCUGUACAUUGGUUUGUUUCCCACACGUUAUCAGCGUCCAGCUUGUUGAAUAUCUCACAGCCUGGACCUCAUGCAUUUGGUUUUGUACAUUCCAAACUUUUGUUCAUUUUCUUUUUUUUUUUUUUUUUUUAUGAACUUCUGUUUUGCCCACUUUCUUUCCUUUUUUCUUUUGUAUUAGAUAAAUAGAUUUGCUAAAUCUUAGGAAGAGGUGAAAGAAAUAUGUUUAAAUUCACUGAUUUAUCUGAAUAAAUGUGACAGCUGGGUUAAAAUCAAUUAAUGUGUUACACACUCUCAUUGUAACUGGAUUUGAAUCUCAACUUUUCUUUUGUUUGUUUUUAAUUUGUACAUCUUUAGUUGAAAUACGUCUAAUGUAAUCUAAUUUAAUAUAAAUGAUAGUGAUCUAAAGUUAGUAAUAUGUACUAUCUGUAUCUAUCACAGAAGAAUAAAAGGAAAAAUGUUCAAUAUGGUUGCAACAAUUGGUUAAAAACAAAAGUACAUUGUAGUGACUAAAAAAAAAGAGGGGGGGAAGUGAAAAUAAGAAUACUCAAAGAUAGUGGUAAGAGAAAUUUUAUAGCAUAUUCCAGUUAUGCAAAAAAAGAUAACAGAUUAAAUAAAUAUUCAUUUCGCUUAUCAUAAAUCUAAAUUCCAACUUUUUAUCAUUACAGUGACCAUUAUAAAAUUGUGUGUGUGUAGUUGGUCAAUAUGUUGUCCAAGCCCAGUGAGCUAAUUGGGAGAUAAAAACAUGAUAUAGACAGCACAAAGAGGCUCAUCUCUCUAUUAGAGCACUAUUGUUUGAUAGCAAUACCAAAAUAUGAAAAACUUAAUGCCAUUGAUUAAAAUGAUCUUUUUUCUUUGGGGGGGGGGGGGGUAUUGUAGGCUGUUAAGAAUUUUUAUUUUGAUAAGCCACAACAGAGAUUCAUUACUAAAACAGAAAUUUGACACAUUACUCCUUUGUUUGUUUUUCAACUUAGGUAAGGUCCCCAUAGUGCUUUGGCUUGCAAAUAAUUAAGCUUCAAAGCUUAAGUAAUGCAAAUACAAAAAUGAUAUAAAAUCAGUUUCUGUUGUUUUAAAUUAAAUUAAAAAACAAUAACAAUUUGAUAUAUAUAUAUAUAUAUAUAUACUUUUUUUUUUCAAAAAUAUCUAUAAAUGCAUCAUUAGGAAUCAUUGAUUGUUUUCAAUUCAACCAUCUGCAAUUAAAAUCCUGUCAUGUUUUAUUCACUAUGGUGGAGUAUUUUUUCAUUAGACUACUACAUUAUUGACAUUUGGCUUAUGCUCAUGUGAAUUAGCUAUAUGUGUAGUUUGACUGUGAAGUGGCUGGCUUGAAGGAUUAUUUACUUUUUUAUUUAUUUUCUGUCAAAUGAAGCUAUAAGUCACACUGAGAAUUUCAGUUGCACAAUGUGAUCUCAAAUGGCCUAUUCUGAAUCAGAUGUAUUCACUUGCUAUGUAAGUAACUUUCCAUAUCAAUGGAGCAACUUUAACUAGAGUUAUAUCUAGAUUGAUUGUAUCCAUAGCCACUAAUUCUGACUUGUAAACAUUAUGUAAGCUUUGGAAAAAUCAGCUGACAAAAAAUGCAUUCAACAUAGAUCAAACUUUUACUUCUUCAUAUAGUUCCCCUUUCAGACCUUACGAUCUGUGGGGAAGAUGAUGUUAAGGUCAUCUGUUUCUUUGGCCAACUGUUAACGAGUCAGAUGUCAUGUGGCCAUCACGACGACCGCUUUCCCCAACUGGAAGUCAGGUACCCAUUAGAGUUGGGUGGACUCAAGGGCGCCCUAAAAAUCCCAAAAUUCAAAAUCAAGUCUUCGCUGAGAUUUAAACUCAGGACACCCCCAGGUUCGGAAGCCAAGCGCUUAACCACAUAUAGAAUAGCUCAUGUUAGACUCAGGCAGGGCUAUGCAUUUAUAGUUUUACAAUUAAUUUUAUUAAAUGUUUCAUCAAAUUUUUUUAUUUUGUUAAAAAUGUUAAAAGACUAAGAGGUAUAAAACCUUGUAUGUUUGAAGGACAAUCAUUAGUCCCACCUGCCUAUUGUAGCCAAAGAUCAUAACUUACAUUUAUAAAGUUUGGGUUCUUUUUUUUCUAUGUUGUGCUGACAAACUACUAAUUGUAUAAUGAAGAAAAUGUUUGCUAUGUGGAGUCUGACAUUUUACUUUUAAAAGUCUUUGUGUUUGACAAAGUUGAUGCAUAAUUCAGAUAUUAGCAUUGAAGAAACAAAAUGGCAGAUUAUACAGGUUGAAAGUGAAUUGAUCCAACUCAGCCAUUAAGAAGCAUCUCACUCUGUCAUUUUAGCUUUAUGAAAUAAAAGGCAGAACAAAAAACAUUUUGUAUCGAGUUAAAGAACAUGUUUAGAUAUAUUUUUUUUAAGGUUAUUUUUAGUUCAAUAUUACAAUUCCUUUUGUUAACUUGCAAACUCUUUGGUGACACAACUUGGGUGGGUGGACAUAGAUCUCGAAAACGACUCUAACAAUUUUCCUAGAAAUUUGACAGUACACAUUUUGGGGGAAAAUUUACUAGCUAAUUGGUCACACAGAGAAAACUCAAAAUAUAAUCUUCUGCCUGAUGUGGAAACCACUGCAGGGUUCAUCUCAGAUAUAGGAUUACUGGUAUGAAUUCUCCUACAUGAAAAAUGAGAACAAAAAAGGUCAGGAACUCCUCUAUAUGUUGAACAGGGGAAAGUCCCCAAUAUAUUCAGCAAAGAGUUAAAUAAACAAUAUUUUGUGCACAAUCUUAUGUAGAAAUCAUUAGGUGGCCUGCUAGAAUGAAUUUGUGACAAAUACAAUUUAUUAAUACACAAUAUCAAUAUUGUAUUUAGUAUUCCAGUCUAGAAUACUGUCUUUUUAUAUUUUUUUUUUUCUAGUUAUCAUUUCUAUCAAAAAACUAGAAUUUUCUAUACUUUGAGUAAAUGUAUACUUUUGCGUAACCAAGAUUUUUUUGCAAGAGGGGAGGGAUCUAACUAUUGUUCAUUUGUUAUUAAGAGUUAAAGUAAUCGAUCUUAAAGAAGUCAUAAGCCAGCUUCACUAAAGAGGAAUUGUCUUUUUU